AUGCCUGUAUACAUACAUAUAGUCAUAUACAUACAAUUAAUUCGAUCGCACAACUAUCCCAACUCCGACGCCGGCAGCCAGAAUGUCCGGGUGUGCGAGAUCUGCUCCUCCACGGUCGAGACCACUGACGCGACGGUGAGGAUGAGAAGAAGGUUUUGGAGAGGCACGAGAAGUGGGGUCAGCGCGAGGAAGAAGAAGAAACUGAUUUGCUCCGUCCCGAGAUGCCGACGAGUGUUAAAGUUCUCCAACACCACCGCAUAUGAGAAUUGUUGGAUUAAAAUUUGCCUGAGACACUGGUUUUCGAGGAAUAAGAAGGAAUUUUCCGCAUGA